UUUUACCUUUUUACCAUUUGCUUUUCGUCUGUCUAGGAACGAGCGUCUGCUUGUUUCAGUAACGUACAUGACAGCUAUACGUGAGCCAUCUGACAGUAGAUAGCUAGCCUGCUAGAUAACAUUUUGUUCUGCUCCGAAGAGCUGAUUAUCUGAUGCUAGCUAGCACGUUAAAAAGCAGAGUGUUCUUUUGGCCAGAAGUUUUGCACGAUGUCUGUCGUGGAUCAAUUCCCGGAGAUGGACGCGGACCUCCUGGGGCUGCUCUUUCAGGCUGAAAGCGUCGGAGCUGACGACCCUUUCUUCGCUGACGGAAGCGAGCUAAUGGAGCGCUUGUUCUCCGAACAGGAUAUGUUCGGCGCCGUCGACCCCGAGGACUUCCUGUCCAGUCUGCUGGGCGAGGAGGAGAGCGUCCCCUGCCAGUCCCACUCCCCGCUGGGCAGCGACAGCGGGAUCUCGGACGACAGCGGCCCCAGCCCCGCCCUCAGCCCAGGGGCCAGUGACAGCGGCCCCAACAACGCCUGCCUCAGCCCAGGGGCCAGCGACAGCGAGCCCGCCCCCAGCCCCGCCCCCAGCCCCGCCCUCCUGCCCGACGUCCAAUGGGAGGCGGCAGAGACGGUGCAGACGGACCACUGCUACUCGCUGCAGCAGCAGGGCGACGAGCACGCUCUGCUCAGCGUGCGGGCGGAGAGGCCCGACACCGACGUCUUCAUCGACUUGGAAGACUGGGACAGCAUGGAUGUGAUGGAGGACCGUUCCGAUCAGUUCGAGGACGUGCCGCCCUGCACUCUGGCCAUAGAGGAGGCUCAGAGCAGCAGCCCGAGCCAGUUCCAGUUUCAGGAAAUUGUCCUGACGGAGGAGGAAAGGCGGCUUCUCGCUAAAGAGGGUUCGACUCUGCCGUCACACCUGCCUCUGACAAAGGCUGAGGAAAGAACGCUGAAGAGGGUGAGGAGAAAGAUCCGGAACAAGCAGUCCGCUCAGGAGAGCAGGAAGAAGAAGAGGGUGUACGUGGAUGGUCUGGAGAACAGGGUGGCAGUGUGCACUGCUCACAACCUGGAGCUGCAGAAGAAAGUCCAUCUACUACAAAAAGAGAACAUGACCCUGGUUGAGCAGCUGAGGAAGCUGCAGGCUCUAAUGAAGCUGUCCACCUUGAAGACCAGCACCACCGGCACCUGUGUUAUGGUCUUCCUGCUGUCCUUCUGCCUGAUCAUCUUCCCCUCCUUCAACCCCUUCGGGAGCAGCGGGGGUCAGAAGGAGCUGUACCCCCCCCCAAAAGGAGUGCUCUCUCGAGCUCUACGCUCCGUGUCAAAAUCAGGACCCGUGGAGGGCGUUUCCCCUAAAGAGUGGUCCAAGGACGAAGAGCCCCUCCUGCUGGCCACGGUGGAGAACGGCCAGGCCGUGUUCUCCGCCAACCAGAACCACACUCCCGACUACCAGCACGUGGAGCGUCCCGACUCCGAGUCCGGCGUCAACAGCAACUCCUCGUCCGACUUCCCCGGCCCGGCCGGCGCCGACGCCAAGCCCGGCGCGGGGGCCCCGGGCGGGGCCGAGGGGCCCAGGGCGGGGCCCGUGGGGAAGGUGGACUACCAGGUGGCCGGGUCCAACGAGAACUGGAUCGAUCGAAAACCCACCACGGUCAUAAUUCAGCAGCACCGGUCAGACGAGAUGUAGAACAAGGGGGGGAAAUUUGGGUGGGUGUACUCUCAGAAAUAAAGGCAUGUGCCUAAGAAGGCAGAAGGGCGGUACCUUAUAGGUGUGUAAAAUUGCAAUAGCAAGCAAUAUAUAAAUAAUUUGUACCUUUUUUUGCUAAAAUUUGUACCCCAAAGGAAGCAUUACCGUACUUUCAGGGAAAAUUAUGGAAAUUUGAUCCUUGAAGAACAAAAAUAUACUUCCACUUUAUUUCUGAGAGUCUGGGGGUUGCUUGUUACUGAAGUCUGCAGUAGAAGUUUCAGCAGUGGGGUGUGUAU